AUGAAGUGGAUGGUGGUAGCCUUGCUCUGCCUCCCGCUCUUGGAGGCAUCCCUGCUCAGGGUCCCCCUGAAGAAAAUGAAGAGUAUCCGUGAGACCAUGAAGGAACGGGGUGUCCUUAAAGACUUUCUGAAGACCCACAAGUAUGACCCUGGCCAGAAGUACCACUUCGGCAACUUCGGUGACUACAGUGUACUCUAUGAGCCCAUGGCCUACAUGGAUGCUUCCUACUUCGGUGAGAUCAGCAUCGGGACUCCACCCCAGAACUUCCUGGUCCUUUUCGACACCGGCUCCUCCAACCUGUGGGUGUCUUCUGUCUACUGCCAGAGCGAGGCCUGCACCACACACGCCCGCUUCAACCCCAGCAAGUCCUCCACUUACUACACCGAAGGGCAGACCUUCUCCCUGCAGUACGGCACUGGCAGCCUCACUGGCUUCUUCGGCUAUGACACUCUGACCGUCCAAAGCAUUCAGGUUCCCAACCAGGAGUUUGGCCUGAGUGAGAACGAGCCUGGUACCAAUUUUGUCUAUGCCCAAUUUGAUGGCAUCAUGGGCCUGGCCUACCCUGGCCUGUCUUCAGGGGGUGCCACCACCGCCUUGCAGGGCAUGUUGGGGGAGGGCGCUCUCUCCCAGCCCCUCUUCGGCGUUUACCUUGGCAGCCAGCAGGGGUCUAACGGUGGGCAGAUUGUGUUUGGAGGCGUGGACGAGAACCUCUACACUGGGGAGAUCACCUGGGUUCCUGUCACUCAGGAGCUCUACUGGCAGAUUACCAUCGACGACUUCCUCAUUGGCGACCAGGCCUCUGGAUGGUGCUCCUCCCAGGGCUGCCAAGGCAUUGUAGACACAGGUACCUCUCUGCUCGUCAUGCCUGCCCAGUACCUCAGUGAACUUCUGCAGACCAUAGGAGCCCAGGAAGGAGAGUACGGGUAUUUUGUGAGCUGCGACAGUGUCAGUAGCCUGCCUACCCUCAGUUUCGUCCUCAAUGGUGUCCAGUUCCCCCUGUCACCCUCUUCCUACAUCAUCCAGGAGGACGACAUCUGCAUGGUGGGUCUUGAGAGCAUCUCUCUGACCUCUGAGAGUGGCCAGCCCCUCUGGAUCCUUGGGGAUGUCUUCCUCAGGUCUUACUAUGCCAUCUUCGACAUGGGCAACAACAAGGUGGGCCUUGCCACUUCUGUCUAGACUUGCCCUCUAGACACGCCUGUGCCCUUCUUCCCCUCAGCCUGCCUGCCCCCUCUG